GUAACUAUCGAUUAUGAAAAAAAGACGACGGUCAUUUGUUCACUUAAGGAAUUACUUAAAAAACUUCCUAAGAAAUCUCCUAAGAAACCUCCUAAAGCAUCUUCUGCAAUUAAUUCAAUAACUAAAUUUUUUAACCUUAUUCGAAAUGUUAAAGCUUUAAUCGUUGAGACAAUAGCUACAUUAGUUAUUGACAUUUUUAUCGCACAUAUUUCUGUUAACGCAUCAUUAAGAAUGGCCGAUAAGGAUAAGUUAGUUAUUAAAAAUUAUCACACUUCUAUCAUGAUUAUAAAACCAGAAAAUGAUUUAAAAAAUGCAUACGCUUAUUAUAAGGUAUCAUUGUAUUGUGCCCAUCUUACGUUAGUUAUAUAUUGUCUCUUUACCGCCAAAUGGUGUUUUUUGACAAUUAGUAAGGUUGAUCCAACUAUGCUUUAUGAUAUCAUUCCUUGGUCAUUGCUACUUCCACUAUGCACUUUCUUUACAAUAUUUAUAGGAGCUCGAACAUUAUUGAAUAAUGCAAUAAUUUUGGAUUGUAUUAUUCAUAUAUUACAAAUACUAUACAUAUUACAUCAAUUAUUAUGUUUACCUUUUUCGUCUAUUAAAUGUAAUAAACUUGCAUUAUCUCAAACCGCCCAAGAAGGAAUCGAAAUUUUAUCAUUACAAAAUUUUGGAUUGCAAAUUUUAAAUGUAAUAGAUGUAAUUUCAUUAUUGAUUACGGUAAUUGUAUUAAUGUUAUUGAUUUAUUGGUGGAUAGUAGCUUUCCAUCGUUUGGAUAAAAGUUCGAGAGAUUCGGUAGAAAGUUUGAAAGAACUUAAAUGGCAUCUUGAAUAUGUUCCUGCCGCUGAGUUUGAAUACGAAGAUUGUGAAGAUAUGUAUGGAAAUUAUCUCGAGAAAGACCUUGAGGAACACGCUAAAAAGAGUCCAUUUUUAAUGUACAUUCCCAAUUUAAAGACUUAG